AUGAGCGCCUACACUUCUGGAAACGAGGAGGAGGCAAAGGCAUUCGAGUAUUGGGGCAAAUUCGUCCCCGACCCGCCGCAAGGGGAUCCGGACAUGGUGGUUGAUUCUUUCAGGUUCAGCAGGCUGAUUAUUGCAUUGACCGACCUGCUGGUGUCCUCUUCCCUCGUCCCGAACAAUGCUAUGGAAAAGCGCGGCGCAAAAGCAUACCUGAACCCAGAAAUGAUGCGGCAGUGGGAUAGUCUACUCGACUUUGAAGAAGAGUUCACUCCCGCCCAAGCCGAGUACCUUGACGAGCACACGCGUGACAAGAUUCUAGCCCUGAACUACAAGAUCUUCAGCUUGGAGCACGACAUGUCAACUCGACGUAUCCCGGACCUGGGGCCGAAGGGAAAUAUGCCAUAUUUGACGAGAGGAGGCUUUGCAUUAUCGAUCGUCGUAAAUUGUAUGGUCAUUCCAGAUACCUACCUUAAAGCAUUGAACAAGGUCAUUCUCGACGAGAGCCUCUAUAUUGUGGACUCGUUUUCCGACGAACGGUUCAAGUAUCCCAUUCCGAAGGCUUCUCUACCAAAAGCACCGGACGCAGCCAGUGUUAAGAUCAUUGAUGAUAAGAUCAAGCUCUAUCAUGAGAAGAGAGCAGAGAUCUUGGCCCAGCGCCGUGCUGAUGCUAUUGUCACUGGUGACCUGAGCGAAGUACAGAAGAAGGAUCUUCGAGGCAAGAUGGAGGCCCGCGGACUCAAUAUGGAGGGCUUGAGCACAUCCGACAUGCUUAAAAUCAUGAUGAAUCAAAGCGCACAGAACAGCAUUAACACCAGCUUGAACGCGGCGCACAAUACGCAGAUGAUGACCUUGGCAAACCAGAUGGCGUUGAAUGCACAGAUGCAAGCCGUGUCAGUGAACAAUGCUUAUGCCACAAUGGCCUCUGGUAUCUUUUAG